AUGGCAAUGUUGAAGCUGGUUAUCGCAGCUGUAUUGCUUCUCCUCAUACAUGAAUCGUUCGCACAAACUACAGAUGUAUCUAAUGGAAAAAAUGGAACAAGCUUGAUUCGUGGUGUCAAACCAACAAUAGAAUUACGGAACGCCAUAAUCUUCAUGCUGUCGUUCGGCGUUUUCUCAAUGUUGGUCGCCUUUGCCUUCCAAUUAGUGAGAAAGUACGUGUACAACGAUGUUUCUAACGUAGAUACAACCUUCGAUGCAGGUGGAAAGGUUUCGAUUGGGCUAACGGCGACCACUAUUGUAUCUCAGAUGACUUGGACUGCAACUUUGCUGCAAUCAACUACUGUUGCUACGAAGUAUGGUAUAAGUGGACCAUUGUGGUAUGGGGCUGCAGCAACGAUACAGACGUUCGUUUUUGCCAUAUUGUCCAUCCAAUUCAAGACCAAAGCGCCAGGGGCUAAAACAUUUCUGCAGGUAAUCCGUGUGCGAUUUGGUAAGGCGACCCACAUACUAUUUUGUGUCUUCGCAGGGAUCACUAAUAUUCUAGUGAUGUUGAUGCUCUUACUAGCAGGGACGGCUGUUUUACAUAGUUUAAUUCUUGAUCUUUCGAUGUCACUGGCCUGCAUUCUUUUGGCGUUUCUCAUCGGCUCCUACACCCUCAUUGGUGGUUUGGGCGCAACGUUCUACGUCUCCUACUUCAACACCAGCAUUGUGUUCUGUCUGAUGAUCGUCUUAUUGGUCGAGGUGUUCCACAAAUCAUCGGAUAACGACAGUAACCCACUUGGAAAUGCCAAUGCAAUGUACACCUAUCUACAUAAUGCAGUGGGGCCAGUUGGCAAUUACGAACGGAGUUACUUGACUAUCAUGUCCUCGGGUGGUCUGAUGUUUGGUGUCGUGACUAUGGUUUUAUCAUUUAGCGUUAUCAUAGGCGACCAGUCUUAUUGGCAGAGUAGCAUAGCGGCCAAGCCAAUCCAUGGAGUCUGGGGAUUCAUUGCUGGUGGACUAACGUGGUUUUCAAUACCGUUUGUAAUGGCUAUGACUUUUGGACUAGCGUAUCUCGCGCUUGGAGAAUGGCAGGGUGCGCCUUUACUCUCCGACGAUGAUGUAAAUAAAGGUCUUGUCCCUCCACUGAUUGCCCAAGUUCUCCUUGGAAGGUUGGGAGAGUAUGUGAUAUUUAUGCUGAUAAUAAUGGCCAUAAUGUCUACAGGAUCUGCUGAAGUGAUAGCAGUUGCUUCACUCAUUGUUUAUGAUGUCUAUCAGCCUUAUCUAAACCCAUUCAGGGACAAUUUAAAAGGAGAUUCUUGCGUGUUAUGUGGAGAAAGAUUACGUUCAUUCGAGCACGCUGAAACCAAUGAAAAAGAAGAGUUCUGCUCUUGUAAACCUGCGAUACAAUGCCCCGAAUGUAUAGACGACCGCACAAAUCAAAGAAUCAAACACACGAAUGGAAUAACGGUAAAAAGACCAUACACAUGUUCGGUCCAUGGUCUUUACCAACAAUAUCAAGAAGAUUUGGUUGGCUAUAAAAGCUGGUGCAUACUCUGGGUGACAAUGUUCACUAUACCGUUGGUGCUGUGUUCAGACUGGGUGGGAUUGAAUCUCGCAUGGGUGUUUAACUUCACAGGGGUACUCAUCAGCUCCGUUGGGAUUCCAAUAUGUCUGAGCAUUUUGUGGAGCAUGACAAAUGCGAAAGGGAUGAUAUCCGGUGUUAUAUUUGGCUGCGUCUGUGGCAUGUCACUGUGGUUGGGGACAGCGUCAAGAUAUGAAGGAGGACUCUCUAGGUUUCUUGAAAACACAGGUAGAGAAAUCCCGAUGCUUGUUGGGAACUGUGGUUCUGUGAUUACUGGUGGAAUCACAUGCAUGGUCGUAUCAUUCUGCACAACAGAUAGGAAGCACUUUAAUGCCAGUGACGUUUGGGAGAAAAUGAGAAAUAUUGAGAACCCGCUACAUCCUUGGAUAAUAACGUACGCGCGAGACUUCGGCGUUACAUGCAACGACAAAUCAGAAUAUAUUCGCCCGACGCAUGAAGCGAUAAAAAAGAUUUAUCGAAAGCCUUUCAUCUUGGCUUUGAUCGCUGGCAUCAGUUUGUUAUUUAUUUUCAUAGUUCUGUGGCCUGCUGUGAUGGUUCCAUUGAAGGUGAUGACGAGGGAUCAGUUUAACGUUUGGGCAACGUUUUCUCAAGCCUACGCGUUUAUUGUCGCUGCGUUCAUUAUUUUAGUUCCUUUGUUGCAAGAAAUUUACCUUAUUUUCGGCAAGGCCAGAAAGAACUACAUCAGGAAAAAUACAGAUGACAAUAUGGCGGACUCAGAAACAUUUGAAUCUUCAUUAUUAGAGAGGGUGUCCACGAUGUAGGAACCUUUUACAGUGGCAUAAUUUGGUUUAAAAUGAAUUAAGCCACGUUUCUUGAAGUCAUGUGUCGUCGAUCACACAUUUCAAAACAUUCUUAGCAUCUCACCUUUUUGCAAGUGUUUGUAAGGUUAGAUGGUCAACUGACAAUUUAACAUUUUGACACCUCGUCAUAUCUGCUUC